AUGGCCCGGAUGAACCGCCCUGCACCGGUGGAGGUCUGCUACAAAAACAUGAGGUUCCUGAUCACCCACAACCCUACCAAUGCCACGCUCAGCACCUUCUUGGAGGACCUGAAGAAAUAUGGUGCCACCACGGUUGUGCGAGUGUGCGAAGUGACCUAUGACAAGACCCCCCUGGAGAAGGACGGCAUCACCGUCAUGGAUUGGCCGUUUGAUGAUGGAGCGCCUCCUCCCAGCAAGAUAGUGGAAGAUUGGCUCAACUUGCUGAAGACCAAGUUCUGCGAAGACCCCGGCUGCUGUGUGGCUGUGCACUGUGUGGCCGGCCUGGGGCGCGCUCCCGUCCUCGUCGCGCUGGCCUUGAUCGAGAGCGGGAUGAAGUAUGAAGACGCCAUCCAGUUCAUCCGACAGAAGCGCAGAGGAGCCAUCAACAGCAAGCAGCUGACUUACUUGGAAAAAUACCGACCAAAGCAGAGACUCCGAUUUAAGGACCCUCAUAACCACAAGAACAAAUGCUGCAUCAUGUAACCUCAAUGACCUCUUGCCAAAAUCCGUGCACACAGACACCCGGGCACUCGCACACAUCCC